GCCAAGUACACCUGCAGCUGCCCGGAUCUGCAGCCCGGUGCCCAGGAGGCCGGAGAGAGCGGCCGGGCCUCCCGGCUGACCACAGAUGAAUCCGAGGAGGAGGGAGGAGGCUGCCGCCGUGGGGGCGCGCUCAGCAACGCCGGGGACCCUGCCAUCAUCAAGUCUCCCAGCGAUCCCAAGCAGUACCGAUACAUCAAAUUACGGAAUGGCUUGCAGGCACUUUUGAUUUCAGACCUAAGUAAUAUGGAAAGUAAAUCUGGGGAGGCAACAGAUGAUGAAGACGAGGAAGAUGAUGACAAUGAUGAUGAUGAAGAUUCAGGAGCUGAAAUAGAAGACGAUGAUGAAGAAGGUCUUGAUGAUGAAGAUGACUUUGAUGAUGACGAUGAACAUGAUGAUGAUGAUCUUGACACUGAAGAUAAUGAAUUGGAAGAAUUAGAUGAGAGGGCAGAGGGCAAGAAGAAGACGACAGAAAAGCAGCAAAUAAAAAAAUUCAUACUUCUCUGGUAUGAAUUUUCUAAUCGCCUGUGGUUUAGAACACCUUUUUCAGAAGUUUCUUCACUCCUAAUCAUCAAGAAAAGAAUGCUCUGUGAGGUACUUAGAGCAGAAUCCAGGGCGGCACCUGUUCAGAAAUUGCUCGUAAGUCAAGAGGAGGAGCAGCAGGGUGAAACUGAGACAGUUCUGUCUGCAGCUGCGCUUUGUGUCGGAGUUGGAAGUUUUGCUGAUCCGGAGGACCUCCCUGGGCUGGCACACUUUUUGGAGCACAUGGUUUUCAUGGGCAGCCUGAAGUAUCCAGAUGAGAAUGGAUUUGAUGCUUUCCUGAAGAAGCAUGGAGGGAGUGACAAUGCCUCAACAGACUGUGAACGUACAGUCUUCCAGUUUGAUGUCCAGAGGAAGUACUUCAAGGAGGCCCUGGAUAGGUGGGCGCAGUUCUUCAUUCAUCCCCUGAUGAUUAGAGAUGCCAUUGACCGGGAAGUGGAGGCUGUUGAUAGUGAAUAUCAACUCGCCAGACCUUCAGAUGCAAACAGAAAGGAAAUGCUAUUUGGAAGUCUUGCCAGACCUGGGCAUCCUAUGGGGAAAUUCUUUUGGGGGAACGCAGAGACCCUCAAACAUGAGCCGAAAAGGAAUAAUAUUGACACCCAUGGCAGACUUCGAGAAUUCUGGCUGCAUUAUUACUCUGCGCAUUACAUGACCUUAGUAGUGCAGUCAAAAGAAACACUUGAUACCUUGGAAAAGUGGGUGACGGAAAUCUUCUCCAACAUCCCAAACAAUGGGUUGCCUAAGCCAAAUUUUGGCCAUUUAACGGAUCCAUUUGACACACCAGCGUUUAACAAAUUGUACAGAGUGGUUCCUAUCAGGAAGGUGCAUGCUUUGACCAUCACAUGGGCUCUUCCUCCCCAGCAGCAGCAUUACAGGGUGAAACCACUUCAUUAUAUCUCCUGGCUAGUGGGACAUGAAGGCAAAGGCAGCAUCCUGUCGUUUCUUAGGAAGAAGUGCUGGGCUCUUGCAUUAUUUGGUGGGAAUGGUGAGACGGGAUUUGAGCAAAAUUCUACAUAUUCAGUGUUCAGUAUAUCUAUUACAUUGACUGAUGAAGGUUAUGAACACUUCAAUGAGGUUGCUCAUACUGUGUUCCAGUAUUUAAAAAUGCUACAGCAACUAGGACCUGAUAAAAGAAUAUUUGAAGAGAUUCAGAAAAUUGAGGAUAAUGAAUUUCAUUACCAAGAACAGACAGAUCCCGUUGAGUAUGUGGAAAACAUGUGUGAGAACAUGCAGCUGUACCCCUUGCAGGAUUUCCUCACUGGUGACCAGCUGCUGUUUGAAUAUAAGCCAGAGAUUAUUACUGAUGCCCUUACUCAGUUAAUCCCACAAAAAGCCAAUCUUGUCCUGCUGUCUGCUGCUAAUGAGGGAAAAUGUGACCUCAGGGAGAAAUGGUUUGGGACUCACUACAGCAUAGAAGAUAUUGAAAAAAAGUGGGCUGACCUGUGGAACAGUAACUUUGAAUUAAAUCCAGAUUUGCACCUUCCUGCUGAAAAUAAAUAUAUUGCCACGGACUUUGCUCUGAAACCUUUUGAUUGCCCUGAAACAGAGUAUCCUGUCAAGAUUGUGAACACUGCACAGGGCUGCCUGUGGUACAAGAAAGACAACAAGUUCAAAAUCCCCAAAGCCUACAUCCGCUUCCACCUCAUCUCACCUUUGAUCCAGAAGUCUGCUUCUAACGUGGUGCUUUUUGACAUCUUUGUGAAUAUUCUCACCCACAACCUGGCCGAGCCGGCCUAUGAAGCGGACGUGGCCCAGCUGGAAUACAAGCUGGUGGCAGGAGAGCACGGCCUCAUUGUGAGAGUGAAAGGGUUCAACCACAAGCUACCUCUGCUGUUUCAGCUCAUCAUUGACUACUUAGCUGACUUCGAUUCCACGCCGGCCGUCUUUGGCAUGAUCACGGAGCAGCUGAAGAAAACUUACUUCAACAUCCUGAUUAAACCGGAGACGCUGGCCAAAGACGUCCGGCUGCUGAUCCUGGAGUACUCCCGGUGGUCCAUGAUCGACAAGUACCGAGCCCUGCUCGAGGGCUUCACCAUCGAGGCCCUGCUCAGCUUCGUGCAGGAGUUCAAGUCGCAGCUCUUCGUGGAGGGCCUGGUGCAGGGGAACUUCACGAGCAAAGAGUCCACAGACUUCCUGAAGUACGUCGUCGACAAGCUGGAUUUCAAGCCCCUGGAGAAGGAGAUCCCCGUUCAGUUCCGGGUCGUGGAGCUCCCCAGCGCCCACCACCUGUGCAAAGUGAAGGCCCUCAACAAAGGGGACGCCAACUCGGAAGUCACCGUCUACUACCAGUCAGGUGCCCGGAGCCUGAAGGAGUACACGCUCAUGGAGCUGCUCGUGAUGCACAUGGAAGAGCCUUGCUUUGACUUCCUUCGAACCAAGCAGACUCUUGGGUACCACGUCUAUCCGACCUGCAGGAACACGUCGGGGAUUCUGGGCUUCUCCGUCACUGUAGGGACUCAGGCCACCAAGUUCAACUCUGAAAUUGUUGAUAAGAAAAUAGAGGAGUUUCUUGCUUCUUUCGAAGAAAGAAUGGAGAACUUGACAGAAGACGCUUUUCAUACUCAGGUUGUAGCUCUGAUCAAGCUGAAGGAGUGUGAGGACACACACCUCGGGGAGGAGGUAGACCGAAACUGGAACGAGGUGGUCACUCAACAGUACCUCUUUGACCGCCUUGCCCACGAGAUCCAAGCUCUCAAGUCUUUCUCCAAAGUAGACCUGGUGAACUGGUUCAAGUCUCAUAGAGGAAACGGCAGCAAGAUAGUCAGCGUGCAUGUUGUCGGCUACGGCAAACACGAGAUGGAAGAAGAAGGUUCUGUUUGCAGCGAGUCUUCUAACUCUUCCUAUGACGAAGUGGCUCAGCUGACGUAUUUGCCGACCUCCUCUCUGCUGGCAGACUCCACCAUCCCCAUUACUGAUAUCAGGGCUUUCACAUCAACUCUUAACCUUCUCCCCUACCACAAAAUAGUCAAAUAAACUGCAGUCUCUCUCUUUGGCCUGAAGCGGUGUGUAUCUGAGAUUUGUAUUCUAGGAAAUGGCACCACUGAGGAGAAGCUGCUCCAUCGUGGUCUUUGCUUUGUUCGAUUAAGACCAACAGCCCCCAAAGGGUCUCACGGUAUGGUGAGCCCGCAAGACCCGAUAGGGCCAACUGAACAAGAUGUUAAAAAAUUUUUUAAAUAAAGACAGUCCUUUGUUUCUGUA